AUACCACAAUAUUGAAAUUUUAUGAUUUAUGUUUUGCGGAAGUCGAACGCAUUUGAAAACCCGCGGGAACCAGUCAAAUUUCUAACCUCUACUGAAGGCCACCUCAACAUAAUAAUGUUUACUUGCAACAUUCACCCCAACCAAUAGCAGAAAGACACAAAUAAACAUGUUGUCAACAAUAAAAAACAGUAGAUCUGUCUUUGCGACUGUGAACAGAGUUUAUAAAUCGAUUGAGACAUUAAAUCGGUGUAAAAGUGAGCAGGCUGAGAACAAGGCUGAGACGAAUUAUCCGGUGAGGAUUCUCUCUGGGAUUCAGCCAACGGGUACUAUUCACCUGGGGAAUUAUUUGGGAGCUGUCAGGGAAUGGGUUCGCUAUCAGGAGACCCAUAAGGAUGUUGUCUGGAGCAUUGUUGACAUGCAUGCAAUAACAAUGCCUCAAGACCCUAAUGAAUUACGGCAUAACAUUAUAAAAAUAACUGCAACCCUCCUGGCGUGUGGUAUAGACCCAUCGAAGAGCAUUCUCUUCCAGCAGUCGUCAGUCCCCAUGCAUGCAGAGCUCGCCUGGGUCUUUGGCUGCAUGACAACAAUGCCCAGACUAUCCCAGCAGCCGCAGUUCAAGGAAAAGAGUGAAAAACUCAAGGACAUUCCCCUGGGGCUCUUCACAUACCCAGUUUUGCAAACAGCUGAUAUAUUGAUUUACAAAGCUACUCAUGUACCUGUGGGAGAGGAUCAAAUACAGCAUCUCCAGCUGGCACAACACACAGCUCAAUUUUUCAAUGUCAAAUAUGGAAAUACUUUCCCAAUGCCGGAGCCACUUAUCAACAAAUCAAGUGGACGAAUAAAAUCCCUCAGGGAGCCAACAAAGAAGAUGUCCAAGUCGUCGGAGUACAAAAAGAGUAGGAUAAACCUGGUGGAUCCCCCAGAAAUAAUCCUAUCGCACAUGAAGAAGGCAGUCACAGACUUCACAUCUGAAGUCACGUACGACCCAGAGGAGCGUCCAGGAGUGUCCAACCUUGUGAUGAUUCACUCGAUAUUAACUGACAAGUCCCCACAACAAAUUUGUGACGAGGUACGAGGAUUGAAUACCGGACAGUACAAGCUGCACGUCGCAGAUGUUGUCAUCGAGAUAUUAAGACCGAUCAGGGAGAGGUACGAUGUGUUGGUGAACGAUCCUGGGUACCUAAAUGAGGUCCUGAAGAAUGGGACUGAGAGAGCAACUGAGAUUGCGAGUAGUUCCUGGUCUGAGGUGAAGAGGAAAAUUGGAUUUUCGGGGGGAGUUUUGGCGAAGACAGCGGAGGUAGUGAAGAAGAAGCAUAUGACGUCUGUUUGAUUUAGGUAAUUUAUUAAGAAAAUAAUUUAUGAAUUGUUGAAUGUUAAGCAGUGGAGGCGAAUAAAAUAAUGAAGAAUUGUUUCAUGAA